AUGGUAGCAGGGAUGGAGGGAGAUGGGAAUGGAAAGGAACUGAAGUGGUUCCGCUCAAGAAAGAUGGUGAUAGUGGCCUGCAGUGGCACAGAUGACAGCGCGCAGAGCAGGGCAGCAAAGAGCAGAGGCGUGGCGCAGAGGCAGAGGAAGAGUGUGGUGGAAACCAGGAUUUCAAAUAUUGAAGCAACCUUACAAGCCCUUACCCAAACCACACAAACUAUUGCCAAAGGACAAGAGAGACAAGAGGCCAUGAUGAGGAAUCUUGAAAGACAUAUGGGGCAAUUGGCCAGACAAGCUGAAUGGCCAACUAAUGUUUUUCCAAGUGAUAUAAUCUCUAAUCCAAGGGAGGAAUGUAAAGCUGUGCAGCUAAGGAAUGGAAAGAUUAUGGGGAAUGACAAAGGUACUAACAAGAAACAAGCAGAAGAGGACAAGAAUGAUCAAGAGAGUUCCAAGAAAGAGGAGGGAUCACAAGCUUCAAAGAAGGGAAAGAAACUGGAGAUUAAUAUUCCAUUGGCUGAAGCUUUGGAGCAAAUGCCAUUAUAUGAAAAGUUUCUUAAGAAAUUAAUUACCAAGAAGAAAAGCUGGCUUGAGAAAGAAACUGUGGUUCUUAACCAAGAGUCUAGUGCAAUCAUUCAAAAGGGACAUCCACCAAAACUCAAAGAUCCAGGAAGCUUCCUUAUCCCAGGCACUAUUGGGAACAUGGCUAUUGACAAAGCACUUUAUGACCUGGGAGUAAGUAUUAAUUUGAUGCUUCUUUCCAUGAUGAAGAAAUUGAUGAUAGAAGAGGUCAAGCCUACAAGGAUGUCACUACAACUUGCUGACAGAUCCCUCAAAAUACCAAAUAGAGUGGUGGAGAACUUACUGGUAAAAGAUAGGAAGUUCAUUUUCUCAGCUGAUUUGUGA